UCCUUGCCUCUGAGUAAUCUCCCUCCCUGUGGCUGAAAUGUUUCUAGACCCUUCUGUCACCUGAGGACACUUUGGGUGUGAUUGGCAUGCUGGGCCUGGGGCCUGUCCUGGGCAGCCAGGCUGGGGACUCUCUCCUCCUGCGAAGCCUCUGCUCAGUGUUCCCCUGUGACCACGGGUCAGGGUGAAGCUGCGGUUUUGGAAACCGUGGUACGAGUUUUGUAGUUGCCGAGUUUUUAAUGAGGUUUUGCCAUCGUUUGAGCUUUCAGACGCCGCAUCUGAGACAGCUUGACAUUGAACAGAGACCCGGGAGCCACAUACUGCUGAGCAUGAAACCAGUCUCUUCAUUCACCGUGUGGACUUCAGUUUGUGUGAAUGAUUUCAUUUCAUUUUUAUGCUUUUUAUUUAAAGCCAGCAGGAAAGAGAGAGUCUCGUGCACUCUUGGCUGACCUAAUUAGCAACGGGCAUCUUUUUGGAAGGCUUGCGUCCCGGACUUCCCUGAGGAGUAGCGUUGCCUGGAGGCCGGGACACAUCCAAGGGCCUGGAGAUUCCGAUGCGGCCACUGUCGCUCAGAACCCGUCCUUUGUAAAGAGUUGCUGGACUCUAACUUGGAGCAAGUUUGAGAUUUUGAUGAGAAACUGGAUUUAAGCGAGCACGCUUACGCCCAGAGUUUCUUCAGAAGGCCGUAGAGAAGCACGCCCUUUAAGAACCAGGUGGCCUUCGGCAUUUGCGGUGACGAGAGUGGCCCAGCCUUGCCCGUCGUGCUGGGAAAUGCGGGUCCUCAGACACACGUCGCCCUCGCUCCAGGUCACGGCCCCAGGGCUCUGAGCAGCAUCCCCCUGACCCCCACCGUGGCCUGCUCUGCCCACAGGCACUUACUGCCGAAGCCCCCGCUGCGGCCCCUGCCGAUGAGGAUGUGCCCCCACUUCGGGGGACUGCUCACCGCCCUCGCCGUGGUGUUUGGGACGGCGGUGGCUUUUGCACCCAUGCCUAGGAUCACCUGGGAGCACAAAGAGGUGCAGCUGGUGUACUUCCACCAGCCGGGCAUCUUCAACUACUCCGCCUUGCUGCUGAGCGAGGACAAGGACACCUUGUACGUGGGCGCCCGGGAAGCCGUGUUUGCCGUGAACGCACUCAACAUCUCCGAGAAGCAGCACGAGGCGUACUGGAAGGUCUCGGAAGAUAAAAAAGCAAAAUGCGCCGAAAAGGGGAAGUCAAAACAGACAGAAUGCCUCAACUACAUCCGGGUGCUGCAGCCACUCAGCGCCACCACCCUCUAUGUGUGCGGGACCAACGCGUUCCAGCCGACCUGUGACCACCUGAACUUAACAUCCUUUACAUUUCUGGGGAAGAAUGAAGAUGGCAAAGGAAGAUGUCCCUUUGACCCGGCACAAAGCUACACGUCCGUCAUGGUCGAUGGAGAGCUCUAUUCCGGGACGUCCUACAACUUCCUGGGGAGUGAGCCGAUCAUCUCCCGAAGUUCCUCUCACAGCCCUCUGAGAACGGAGUAUGCCAUCCCUUGGCUUAACGAGCCCAGCUUCGUCUUCUCUGACGUGAUCCGAGAGAGCCCAGAUGGCGCCGACGCCGGGGAUGACAGGGUCUACUUCUUCUUCACGGAGGUGUCUGUGGAGUACGAGUUUGUCCUCAAGUUGAUGAUCCCCCGGGUGGCGAGGGUGUGCAAGGGGGACCAGGGCGGCCUGAGGACCUUGCAAAAGAAGUGGACGUCCUUCCUGAAGGCCGGGCUGAUCUGCUCCCAGCCAGACAGCAACCUCGUCUUCAACGUGCUGCAGGAUGUCUUCGUCCUCAGGGCCCCGGGCCUGAAGGAGCCUGUGUUCUACGGGGUCUUCACCCCGCAGCUGAACAACGUGGGGCUGUCGGCCGUGUGCGCCUACAACCUGUCCACGGCCGAGGCGGUCUUCUCCCACGGGAAGUACAUGCAGAGCACCACAGUGGAACAGUCCCACACCAAGUGGGUGCGCUACAACGGGGCCGUGCCCACACCGAGGCCCGGGGCGUGCAUCAACCAUGAAGCCAGGGCGGCCAACUUCACCAGUUCCCUCAGUCUGCCCGACAAGACCCUGCAGUUCGCCAAGGACCACCCCCUGAUGGACGACCCCGUGACCCCCACAGACAACAGGCCCAAGCUGGUCCAAAGCGGCGUGAACUACACGCAGAUCGUGGUGGACAGGACGCAGGCCCUGGACGGGGCCACGUACGAUGUCAUGUUUGUCGGCACAGACGGGGGCGCCUUGCACAAAGCCGUCAGCCUCAAGAGCGGCGUCCACAUCAUUGAGGAGACGCAGCUCUUCCCUGACUUCAAGCCGGUCCAGACUCUGCUGCUGUCAUCCAAGAAGGGCAGGAGGUUUGUCUAUGCUGGCUCCAGCUCGGGCGUGGUGCAGGCGCCCCUGGCCUUCUGCGGACAGCACGGCACCUGCGUGGACUGCGUGCUCGCCCGGGACCCCUACUGCGCCUGGAGCCCGGCCGCCUCUGCCUGCGUGGCCCUGCACCAGACCAAUGGCCCCAGGAGGGGUCUGAUUCAGGAGAUGAGUGGAGACGCGUCCACCUGCCCCGAUAAAAUUAAAGAACAUUACCAGCACCAUUUUUUCAAGCAUGGCGACACAGCCGAACUCAAGUGCUCCCAGAAGUCCAACCUGGCGCGGGUGGUGUGGAAAUUCCAGAACGGUGCGCUCAAGGCCGAGAGCCCCAAGUACAGCCUAGGGGGCAGGAAGAAUCUGUUCAUCUUCAACCUGUCGGCAGGAGACAGUGGGGUGUACCAGUGCCUGUCGGAGGAGAGGGUCAGAAACAAGACCGUCUUGCAGGUGGUGGCCAAGCACGUCCUGGAGGUCAGGGUGGUCCCUCGGACCCCACUGCCCUCCACCUUGCCGGCCGCCCGGACAGAGGGUGGUGGCGUCACCCCCAGAGUGUCAGCAGGGCCCACCCAAGGCUUGUCUCCCCAGACCCCGGCUGUGCGGGUCACCACGCCCAGGGCCGUCACCCCACCCUCCAGCCCCACGCCCGCCAGCACGUCCCGUGAACCAAAGAUCGUCAUCGACGCGGUCCCCGGGGUCCACACAGAGAAGACGAUGUAUCUCAAGUCUGGCGACAACCGUGUCCUCAUGUUUCUCUUCGUCGUCUUCUUCGUCCUCUGCCUCUGCCUCGUCUCCUACAACUGCUACAAGGGCUACCUGCCCAGCCAGUGCCUGAAGUUCCGCUCAGCCGUGCUGCUCGCCAAGAAGCAGCCCGUGGCCGACUUCUCCGACUGUGAGCCGAGCGUGAAGGAGACGCUGGUGGAGCAGGGCAGCUUCUCGCAGCAGAACGGGGGGCAGCCCAAGCCAGCCCUGGACACUGGCUACGAGACCGAGCAGGACACCAUGGCUAGCAGGGUGCCCACCGACCGGGAGGACUCGCAGAGGAUCGACGACCUCCCGGUCCGGGACCGGCCAUUUGACGUCAAGUGUGAGCUCAAGUUCGCUGACUCGGACGCGGACGGGGACUGAGGUCCGCUCACGGGGAGGUCUUGUGUGUCGCCGUGCAGUAGCCUCGUCCAGUGCUGCGUAGGUAGCCCGUCGUCAGCCACCCACGUCUUCUGUGUCUUUCUUCUUGGGUCGAGCUUGUGACUUGGUUCUCUUUGUCCUUUCGGAAAACGGCAAGCAUCGUGUUGGCGUCGCUCGGUGGGUCGGAGCGCCUGGAGCUGGCGGCGGUGGGGAAGGUGGCGGCCGGCCCUGGCCCGGGAACAGCUGUCCCUGCGCGCCCCCCCCCCAGCAGUCACUGAGAGAUAAUUUAAUUCCAGAUUGGAAAUGACGUUUUCAUUUAUCAGAUUGGUAACUUAUUGCCUGUUGUCCAGAUUGGCACAGACCUUUCCUUCCACAGAAUUACUUUUUAGGAUUUUGCUUUAAUUGUAUUGGUGCGUCAGGCCAUUUGUUCUUUAAAUUACUAAAGCAGAUGUUUUAAUAUUUAGAAGAUGUACAUCUUCUAGGUUUUGUUGUAUGUUAGGUUAAGAUAUGGCUUACGUUGCUUGAGAUUCUCAGGGAUAAACUUACUUUUGCUAAAUGCAUUCUUUCUGCUUUUAGAAAUGUGGACAAAACCAUCUCUUGAGCACACUUAGUUUUUUUUUUAAUUUUGUUCCUUGAGGGAAGCAUCGUUUUCAGAGAGAUUUUCUUUCUGUACUUUUUUCUGUUGCUUUGACUCUUUUGAAGAGGAGAAGGCAGUGGAGGACUGUCCCACGACACGGGGUUUAGAGCGAGGGACUGUGGCACCGGCCCAGAGCUGAGGGGAUGAGCGUCUUACAACCCGAUGCCCAUGGCUGCUGGUCGAGACCUCUUGUCCGGACAGGCGAACGUUCGCCAAGACUCGCUGGUCGUCCGAACGUCUCUUGUUUCCCUUUGCUUCCAUCCUGCACCCACCACAGCCUGGACAUCCUCCUUGGCCUGACAGCUCUCCACAACCGGAAGAGAACUGGGCGGCGGUGGACGGAUGGCCCUGUGGCCAGCACAGCCCCACGAACACUGCCGUUGUGGACCUGCUGGGCCUGGUGCCGUCCCAGGGCGCAAAUGGGCGGUCCGGUCCACUGUGGCUGAUCUCGCACUCCACCUCCCCUCUCCAGAUGCCCACAAGAGGAGACUUUUUUCCGUGGCAAAGAGCAAUAAACUCUGGAUUUUUGUGUGCCUAUGUGGACAGUCUCGUCUUCCAGCAUGAUAGGAUUCAAAUGCUUUGGUGUAAACAUUUGUGUUUUAUAAGAUUUACUUUGUUUUUAUUUUUCUACUUUGAAUUGUAUACAUUUGGAAAGUAACCGAAUAAACGAGAAGCUUAUAUCCUUAA